CCUUCGCAAUCUCAGCACCAUGGACCAGCACAGGUUGAGGCAGGAAAUGGCAAACGCCCUACACGAGGAGGAUGUGAGCCUGUCGCCCCAGGAGCGGCCGCGGACCCGGCAGAAGCUGAUCCCGUGGCUCCGUGAGCGGGUGAACUCCGGCCAGGUCCCCGGCGUGGGGUGGGUGGACGAGCCGAGAGGCAUCGUCAGGAUCCAGUGGACUCGGAAAAGCCAGCAUGACUACGACGUGGACCAAGACGGAGCGAUCUUUAAGGAGUGGGCGGUGCACACGGGGAGGUACACCGAAGGCGUGGACACGCCUGACCCGUCCAGGUGGAAGACCAACUUCAGGUGCGCCAUGAACAAGUCAACAGAGGCCGACUACCUGCGAGAUCAGAGCCAGGAGCAAGGCGACAGCCCUUACCGAGUGUACCGUCUCUCCCCGCCGUCCACAGACGACGCCUACCAGCUCAUGAAUGGCCACCGUUUGUCGCCAGUUCUGGAUGAAGACUGUGAGCUACUCAUAGAGCCACAUUACGGCAGUGACAUGCUAUUCCGUACCAAGCCCUCCCACGGAUGUCUGCUCCACCCUCCCGACUUCCAGCGAAACGGCUUCCACGUCCCCGCCGAGUUGGUGGCGCUGCCCCAGUACACAGGAGGUAACCCCCACAAGCGGGAGCAGUACAGCAGGGUCUUCAAUCACCUGGACAAAGGCAUUGUGUUCCGUGUCCUGAAUAACGACCUGUACGUGACGCGGCACUGCCGUGUGCGGGUGUUCUGCCGCAUGGCGGGCGGCAAGGUCGUCAAGCUGAAGAAAGGCGCCAAAACCAAGGUGUUCGACUACGGCACGUUCCUGGCAGCUCUGCAGGACUACGCGAGGACCGGGGUGACCCACCAGCGCCCGGAGACGCAGGUGUACCUGAACAUCGGGCAGAGCGACCCAGGUCCUCCCAACUCCCAGGCUCUUAUCACCGUGGUACUGCGUCACGUGACCGCAGAACAGCGCCUGCGCACUGUGGAUGAGUCACAGCCAAAUAUGGCAAAAAUGUGUGGCUAAGGUGACAAACAAUAAAAGGAAAAGAUAAUGCAAAAUAUGUCGAUGAAGAUUAGACAUCCAGAUAAUAAGAUAUACCAAAAAGCAGUUACUCAAGCAACUG